AAAAGGCGAAAUGCUUGAUGAGCAUCGUCCACAAUUAGCGGAGCCAUCGGAGAGGAGAGGAGGAGCCAAGGAGCCGCCGCCCAGCAACAACCGAUGGACCAUGUUGAUGCCGGUGCUGGAAUACUCGUACAACAGACACAUAGCCAAGAUACCAAAUUGUAAAAUGAGGCGAACGACGACGCUUAGAGUGGCAUCGAUGCGGAUGGGGUUGCUGUUCCUCCAACUGUUGCUGGUGCCGCUGCUCCACUGCCAGGCGGUGGAUCCAGCGGCCAGCGGUGGUGCUGGUGCUAUUGCUGGCGGUACUGUCGCUGGCGGAGGAGUCAGCGCUGGUGCUGGUGCUCCCGGAGGUGCGGCAGGGAGCAACAGCCUCAAUGGCGGACCAGCGGGUGGCACACUGAGUGCCAAUCUCACGGAAUUGGGCAGUCCCGGCGUUCCGGGCAUUUGUUGUAGUUUGGUUUGGUUUUGGUUUCUGGAUCUGGACUUCAACGUGGGAGCAGCAGAAGCAGCGGCAGCAGCAAAUCAUAAUUAAUCCAUCGAUUUUCCAGCAUUCUUUUUUCAGCAUUUUCCAGCUUCAAUAAUUCACACAAAUCAUUUCAGCUAUAAAUAUAAAUUCUUUUUACAGCAUUUAACAAUGAGUUUUUCAGCAAACAAGAGAAUUUUUUCAGUACAGUAGAGUUUUUCCCUUUUAUUAUUGAUUGGAAUACAUAUUACGGAUCCAAUUACAAAUUGAUGAGCGGGUAAUGAACGCCACAAAAAAAAAGACGCCACAGAACUUGUACGACAGUUUGUCAGACAUCAGAUACAACGGACAGCGGGUGGUCGCAAACAGCUGGAGAGAUGCAGAUGUCCGGGAUUGGGAUUGUAUUUCUUUGAAGAAGUGACAACCCUUCAGAUACAUUUACGACUGCUGGCGGGAGUUGUGUGCUUGAUUGCGGCUCAAAGAAAUGAAUUCCAUAAUGUUCCACUAUAAUAAGUGCAUUAAAUUAAAAACGAGGGGAAACGUUUGAUCAGAUCUCAUCCAGGUUCAUCAAUCUGAUAUAUACGGUUAUUCCCUAUAAUUAUAAGCUGGAUACUGGAUACAACAUUUAGUUUCUAGAGCUCUUAUGGUCCCUGAGAUUUAGGCGCUGAUCGGGACCGCCAGACGGACAGUCAGACAUGGCUAUAUCGACGUGGCUUUUGAUGCUGAUCAGGGAGAUAUAUAUG